AUGAAUGUACCACCCCCUCCUCUCCCUAUUCAGCCAUUACCAGAAGGUUGGACAGAACAUAUAUCACCCAUCGGGCUAGCAUACUAUUACCACGCACCAUCACGCACUUCCAUAUGGCUACGUCCUACUCUCGAGACUCCCCUCCUCAUUCCCACAGAUGCAGAAGGAGAUGAACAUCCGAUUGCUCGAAAGAUCAUGUCCGGUACGGGGUGGGCAAAGAUAAAGACAAAUAGGGGGAACGUAUUCUGGAGAAAUGCACAGAGGGGGGUGAGCGUGUGGGAGAUACCGGAGGAGUUGGAAAGGACGAGGAAGAGGGCGCUGGAGGAGGAGGGGGAAGAAGGGAGUAACAAGAGGAUGAAAGUACAGGAAGAGGAGGAGGAUGGGGAAGAGGAAGAGGGAGAGGAAGACGGGAGAAAGGAAGAGCAAGAAGCGCGGGAAGCUGCCACCCGCUGGGCGCAGGAAGAACAAGCGCGUCAAGAAGCCGCUGCUGCUGCUGAACUCGAAGCUGCAGAAGAAGAGAAAGCAGCCGCUGCCGCAGCCGCUGCCAAACCCGCGAUCCCCAACCUCACCCCUGACGAAGCGCGCGCAGUUUUCCUCUCCAUGCUCCGGGAGCUCAACAUCUCCCCUCUCUUGCCAUACGAAGACGCGCUCCCCCUUCUCGUCAAAGACUCUCGGUACUCCCUCCUCCCCUCCGCCUCCGAACGACUGGAGGUGUUCAACUCAUUCUGUCGGACAGCCGCUUCCUCCCGCCCCGCGUCAGUCAAGCUCAGCGCGGAGGAAGAGUUCGCCAAGCUCUUACGUAAGGAAGUGACGAGCACCAGGACGAGCUGGACCGAGUGGCGCAGGAAAUGGAGGAAGGAUAGGAGGUUUUGGGGCUGGGCGGGGGACAGGGAGAGGGAGGGGAGGUUUAGGGCUUGGCUGAAGGAGUUGGGGGAGAGGAAGCGCCUGGAGGCGGAGAGGGCGAGCAGGGAGUUUGGGGAGAUGCUCGCCGAGCAGGGGGUGGAGGGGCCUUGGUCCGAGGUUAAGAGGCGUUUUGCGGGGGAUAGGAGGUACGACGAUGUUGGGUCUUCUUCGCUCAGGGAAGAACUGUACAACGCCUACCUCUCUUCCCGUGCUUCAACUUCCACAUCUGCGCCCACUGCGGGCGCUUCCGCCUCUGCUCCUGCGCCCAGCACCAAAUCGGAAAAGCACGAGUCUAAACUAGAAAGACAACAGCGUGCGCUCCGGGAACGGGAGGCCCAAGUCCGCCAAGAGCUGCAACGCGCAUCGCACCAAGCGGGCGAGAGUCGCGCUCUCCUAGGAGCAGGCGAGUCAGAGCGGGAAUUCGCUUCUCUCCUCCUGGACGCCGUGCGCGAGUUGGACGUCAGCUGGGCUCAGGCGCUCCCUGCUCUGCGCUCCGACCCGAGGUUUAGAGGGCUGAGCGAGGGGAGGAAACAGCAGAUGUUUGCCGAGCAUAGGGACCAACUCCGUCUUCGCCAGAUCGGGGCUCUGCGUACGCUCUUCCUCGCCCAUGCGCCGGAGCUCGACACGCCCUUCUCCGCAUUGCCCGUAUCGCUCAUCACCAGUCUCCCUGCUUCCAAGCUCGGGCUCAACCCGCGCACCCUGGCAAAAGAGUUCGAUACCUGGUGCGAGGAGAAACUGGCUACCGCUAGGAAGGAAUUUGAUGACAUGCUCCGGGAGAACUCGUUUGUCCAGUUCUGGGGUCAAGCGAAGAAGCUCGGCCAAGCCUCGGCAGCAGAAGCAGAACAACAAGGCGUACAGCUCGAAGAGACAGCAGCGUACGGUGACGAAGAGGAGUUCGUGAGCGAGGAAGCGGACGGGGCUGGUGGGCUGGGCAAGCGGGCUGCGGAGGUGGGGCUGGAACAGGUCGAGAGGGUCUUACGUGGGGAUAGGAGGUGGAGGGCUUGGGAUUGGAAGAGGGAGGAGAGGGACAGGUGGUUGAGGGAGUGGAUGGAGGGGAUGAAGGCGCCGGCGUUGAGUGUGCAUACGGCGUAGGGUUGUUGUAAUGGCAUGUGAUGC